GGUAAAUUAUAGGUUAGGUUUUUGUUUCAUUGUGACUCACAAAUGUUUGUUGAAAUCACUUACACAAAUUGUUUGGAAUUUUAUUUGUCAAAUUAUAGCGCUUUAUUUUUCUAACAAUGUAAAUAUUGUUCGGAGCUUCAUUGGCACUUUUCUAUUUUUAAGCGGGAUCAACAGGCUAGUUGAAAAUAGCGCGGCGAUGGAGCCAAUAUCAGUCGACGAUUACAGGCACUCGGAAUAUCCCAAAUCCGUGCGAAAUGUCCUCGAAUUUUUGGAACAGACCGAGCCUCUCGCUUCCAGAAACGACAUCCUAAUAGCGAUCGUCUACAUUCUAAUGUUGGAGUCCGAAUUCACGCCAACUAAGUACAAAGAUGAUACUUCGAACGCCAAUUUUAAUUUCAGAAGACAUCUGGAGUUGUCUAAGAAGCUACCCGAUGGUUGGAAAAAGAACGGAACGUACAAUUUAUCGUUCACGUACGGCGAAUUCGUAGAAAACGAAUGCGCUAUUGUCUGUUUCAAAUCGCACGAAGAUUUGGUGGUAAAUUGCUCGAUUAAAGGACUCGAGAACGGUUUCACCGUGUACUUGGACACUCUCACGUACUUUCAGAGCUCCAACGUAAACAUAAGCAACGUGAAAUUGCAGAACUUGUGCGGGCUGUCUUUGAAGGUUAAAGAACAUUUAUGCUACCCCGUCAAGCAGGCCAUACUUAGACAAAAUGGAUGUGUACAACAAUGUUUGGACUUUCUACCGGAUGAGCUGAUUAUGUACAUAACGAACUUCUUAAAAACCAGCGAUUUUAUCAACUUCGGAAUGACUUCGGUGCGGUAUUACAAAAUCAUGAAGACGCCUUUAUUGUGGUAUCGGAGGAUAAUGAAUGAUUGCAACGAAGCCUACGAUCCUAGAUGGCAGAUGCUUCAAUACAACGACUUGAUCAAGAUUUAUCAGAGGAAACAGUUCUUGUUAAAAUGUAAAAAAGACGUUAUGCACAAUCGCGCGAAUUAUCCAAAUGUAAACGUUCUUAGAAGCUUGUACUAUUUUAACGAUUAUCAAAAUAUAUAAAUAUUUAUUGUAAUACAAAAAUGUAUCCUGUAAUAUAAUACUUUAUGUU